UGUUAUAAUAUUGAUAUAUUAUAUUUCAGCUCAAAACCUUUCAUAAUUCUCCUGACGGUGUUGUGUCUCUUGUCAAUUAUGUUAACAGAGGCUAGGAGAAGACAAUGCAAGCAGAAAAAUGACAUUGUAGGAGCUCCAGGUGGUUUCAAGCACUUCAACCGCGCCCUGCACUUCAUAGCACAGGCGUCUCAGAGAGUGUUAGAUCCAAAGUUGCCAAUGACAGAAUGGUGGCAUAAGGUCCACAACUGGGCAGGGCGAUCAACUAAGAAUGAAAUUGUUGGCGAAGGUCUCCGAGCACUCCGUUUUUCUACAAAAGACAUGGUAUUGACUUGA